AUGCCCGGUUCGUCCACCCGCGAUACCUCCCCGAACUCGUCUUCCUCCGUGGGGAGGAAGAUUCGUAAUAAACGGAACAAAAAGCUUACGGAAGGUGAUGCGCCAGGUUCAAAGAAGAAGGAUAAGAAUGUUAAAGAUAGCGGCGGGGUUGUCGCGGCGGUGACCAGACAUGGUGCUAAGUUCACUAAUGGCAAUAAUGCCAAAGAUGAGUCUCUGCGUUUGGACUCUCCUCUGGUCCAGUCUCCUGAUCUGAAGCCUGCAACUCCCGCAUCGAUCCCUACAAACGGUAACGUGGCGAUCUCUCCAUUGUUAGAUGCGGUUUCUACAACGUCGGUAUCUGCUAGUACAGCACCGAGCGCUCAUGAAUGGGCGCGAUUGAUGGGACCCUUAGCGGGUUCACCCUCAAACUUGAUAAGCAUUAUGGGUGACUCUCCACCGACUCAACCUUCGUCCUACGAAGAUCAACGUUCGAUACCAUACACUUGGAAUCCGCAGCGUCAGCACUUUGCUAAUAACAACGCUUAUUCUGCAUCCCCUCCAAACAGUAUCAGACGACCUCUAAGCUUUCAGUUAGACGCGCAUUAUCCCACGAAUGAUAUUCGUUCUCAAGCAUCGUCACCUCCGGGGGUGCGAAGAAGUUCAAUGCAUUCCCCAUUUCCUGCCCCGCGCGUUGGAUCUCAUCCGCCACUACCACAUCAACCCCAAGCCCACUUUUAUGGAGCUCCAGAUAUCGAUUUUGAUCUGAAUCCUAAAACUGGUUUGAAGCCUGGCGAGAGGGGUUUCUACUUUGGGUUUGACAUACUCCCGAGCCCAGAAGGAGCUCAGGCCUCAGGUAGUGACAACGUUGUGCUUGCGGGGUAUGAAGGCGGCAUCGACAUUUACGGCGUUGGAAAACAUGCAGUAGAGCCACUUGCUAGCUUGAAAGGGCUACGAGGUGGUGUAUACGAUGCAAAAAUUCUACCAUGGAAUGGUGCACCUGAUCCAUAUGGCAUCUUCCCUUUAAUUGCCCUCGUCAUCCACGGCCCGGUGGUACCCCAAAGUGGGCCCGAGAUAGCCGUUGAUCCCCAUUCCGACGGAUCACCUAGUCCCCGAUUGGACGGCAUUCGUACGCCCCAAUCCGAUAGUAACCAGCGGCAAGUCAACGUCGGAAAAGCUCUCCCAAUCAUCGAUGCUUAUCAAACCACUGUAGAGGUGUACUCCUUGGCGACGAAUAAGCUAGUUGAUGUGCUUUUGCAGGCACCAAAAACUCCUAUUAAGACUCUUGUCACGAAUCCGAUCUUCCGAAGUCCUCCACCAGCCGGUGCUUUUCAGAUCCGUGCGGACGCAGGGAGUAUUGUAGUCUCUUCCGGACUUACGGGUGAGUGUUGGAUUUACCGACAGGUAGACCUUGACCAAGACGCCGCCGGACAUCAGUUCUAUUGUGUCGGAAAGUUGUGGACGAGCCUAAAUGGCGACUCGAACGUUGAAAAAGAAAGGAGCUCGAGCCCACUUCCAACCGGCAAGCGCCCACAGAUGCCUAUUGUGUCUCUCAGUGGUAGAUGGUUGGCGUAUUGCCCUCCGGCGUCAUCGCAUCAGAAGUCAUUGAAUCCAUUCAUCCCGGUGCCGCUGGAAGGCAAAGCACCCGGUUUAUCAACACUCGCUCCUCCGAUUUUGCCGAACGAGAGUUCAGACGUUGAUCAGCCUAUGCCCGACCAUAUGAUGAAUCGUUUUAUGAGAGAAACGACUCAGGAUUUCCUACAAGGAGCUCGAUGGGUUACGAAACAGUCAGCUCAGAUCUGGAAGAAUUACUGGUCUAAGCCAGGCCAGCAAACACAAUCUCGCCCACAUCAAAUGGGCUCUCCGCCCUGGAAUGGGGCAUAUCCGGGAAGGUCGGAUGGCUCUCAAUUCCCUCCCACGUAUGGAAUUCCUGGCCAACCCGUGACGAAGGAACCAGGUCUUGUGUCAAUCUUGGACCUGCACGGCUUAUCAAACUCGAGUACUAUUCAUCACGUCACUACCUUCAAAGCGCCACUAGGCUGCAGUUUUCUAUCUUUCUCCCCGACUGGCUUAUCACUCUUUACCGCCAGCAGCAAAGGAGAUGUGCAGACAGUGUGGGAUUUGAUGCGUAUUCAAUACACGAAAUCUUCGGCGCUACAGAAUUCGCAGCCAAACAACGGACACGCAACCCGAGUAAGGCAGGUUGCACAAUUUUCGAGGAUGACUGUUGCUCGAAUAGUGGAUGUUUCAUGGGCGAGGCCGAAUGGUGAACGAGUCGCAAUGGUGACCGAGAGGGGCACCGUUCACUUGCUAGAUAUGCCACCAAGUGCGUAUGCCUGGCCACCUCCCCGUCGCCGGGUCAGGGUCGAGGAUGGAUCACCCAAAAGCUCCGAAAAUGCUCAGUCGGCGGUUUCGAUGGCGUCAAACGCGCUUAGCUCCGCUUACGAUGUAACCCGUACUUUGACCUCUCGCCAGCGACGAAGCAGCUCGAACUCACAGACGACUCCUACUAUUAUGGAUCAUGCUAGUUAUGGAGGCAAGGUACUUGCUGCAGGAAUUAGCCAUUCUCUAGGUAAUGCAGGGACUGCUAUCAACCACCUUCGUCACACAGGCGAGAACCGCGUCAGUUUACCACCUGGAAACAUGUUGCCAGGCCCAUUCUGUGCAACAUGGCUCACCGGAAAGAAAUACCAUACUCUUUUCGUUUUAGGGGACGGUUUGGUUAGGACAUUCCCUGAUAAAAGCAGGAAGCCAGCAACUGGAAAGGAUAGAUUACGCUCUCAUCGCAACAAUCGGUACAGGGAUUUCAAGCUGAAGAAUUUACCUGACGAUCUGAUUGCGCCGUUUAUCAAGCAGAUCAUCGACCCUAUCGAAGAUCUUGAGGCGAUUAACCAGGAUCAUUCGGGAGGCACCACAUUGAUUUUCAAUCCUCGAGAACAACCUAUUGACUCUGACUAUAGUCCAGAGGCUUCCAUUCCGCAAGCCGAAAUAGAAUCUAGUGCGCCUUAUCAGCCAUUUCACACCGAUAGACGGGUGGGUUUAUACAUAUACGACGAUGAAUCCACUAAGGAUCUUGUACAUUCCGUAUCACGUCUUCUCGGCGCUUCAACGUUGGGGGAUCAGCCUACAUACAGCGAGCGUCACCAAGCUAAGGCUUCAUCAGAUGAACCUUGGGCUUUCGGACAGGCGAUCAAUGGAGUUAUGGUAAAUACGGGAUUGGCGAACUUGAUUGACGAAGAUAUUGUUAGUAGCGUUGAUGAUCACCGAGCUUUGCCUGCGUCGGCUAUGGAACGAGUCUUGCAGGUUGGUGAGAAUGACGAACAAAUCGUAGUCACAACCCGACGUCGGAGAGGGGGGAAUAGGUCGCCAGAAGCUGACGAAGACGGAUUCUUCGAGGAUGAUUGUGAGGUGCUCGAUUUUGCGGACCAGAGAGUUUGAGUUAACUACCAAUUUGCGAGGAGUUGAUUUUGGGAUGCUAGCAACGAGGCGUCUUGGUUCAACACGGAGUUGGAUGGAAGUUCAGACUGCGCACACACUUCCGUAAUAAGGCUGCUAAAUAUAGCUUAAGCCACCUUACGGAAAGACAAUAUUGUCGAACCCUCGCUUAACCCUUGGUUUGGGAUUUGGAUGGGAUAGGACGGAAUGGCUUGGGAUCGGAGUUAUUGCAUAAGUCAUGUUGCAUUACCGAGACACAUAUGAGAUGCAUAGUCUCGUCAAUUAGAGAGUUGAACACAACUCAAUUAGAUACCAUCAAGUCGCC